AUGGAGGACAGCUGGCGGCCCGAACCAGCGCAGGACCUCUUCGACUUCAUCACGGAACGCGGCGCGCUCGACGAGGCCCUGGCGCGCCGCUUCUUCGCGCAGGUGCUGGCCGCCGUGCGCCACUGCCACAGCUGCGGGGUCGUGCAUCGCGACAUCAAGGACGAGAACCUGCUAGUGGACCUGCGCUCGGGCGAGCUCAAGCUCAUCGACUUCGGCUCGGGCGCGCUGCUCCGCGACACGGUCUACACCGACUUCGACGGUGAGCGCUCUCUGCCCCCCCCGGAGUGGAUCCGCCACCACCGUUACCACGGGCGCGCGGCCACCGUGUGGUCUUUGGGCGUGCUGCUCUACGACAUGGUGUGCGGGGACGUUCCCUUCGAGCAGGACGAGGAGAUCCUUCGGGGCCGCCUAUUCUUCCGCAGGAGGAUCUCCCCAGAGUGCCAGCAGCUCAUCCAGUGGUGUCUGUCCCUGCGGCCCUCCGAGCGGCCCUCGCUGGACCAAAUCUCUGCCCACCCCUGGAUGCUGGGGGCGGAGGAGGGCCCCUCUGAGAGCUGUGACCUUCGGCUCUGCACCCUAGACGCAGAUGAUGGGGCCAGCACCACCUCCAGCAGUGAGAGCUUGUGAGGCCGGGCCUGCACUUGGCUUGUGGGAACUACAAGAGGGACCGCCAGCCCGAGCCGGGCCCUGCAGCAGCCAGCCUGCCUAGGUAGUCUGCUCCUGGAGAAAGCAGUGAUCUCUGACCCCUGGUGACCUUUGCCUUUGGCACGGGCCUGUUUCCUUUGCUUUGAGUGCCUUUUUGAGCGCUGCUCUCACGGGACUUGGU